AUUUUUUAUCUAGGUACACAAGUAUUUAUUUCUUGAUUCUUCUUGUUUUUUCGCAUUUCUACUUGUGUAUUUACAGAUGAGUAGACGGUAUUUAUUUUAAUUAGUUGUAAACUUUUUAAAUAUCUGCCAUAUUAGGAAUAGGCGAUCUCGAGUUUAUGUUUAAAAUGUCUCAUUUUAAACUUACUUCUUCCACUAAAGCUUCCGAUGUAAUACCGGUAAAAAAGUAUGUGUCUGAAAAAACUGGCUUAACCGUUAUCAUUGCAGACGUCGAAGGUCCUCUUGUAAAUGGAUUUUUCUGUCUAGCGACGGAGGCACACGAUGAUGAUGGAUUGCCGCACACUCUGGAACAUCUCAUCUUUUUGGGAUCGGAACGAUAUCCCUAUAAAGGAAUACUUGAUUUAUUGGCAAAUCGCUGCAUGGCCCAUGGUACAAAUGCUUGGACAGACAUUGAUCACACAUGCUACACGAUUUAUACGGCUGGUGAUGCUGGUAUGCUUACAUUACUGCCAAUAUAUCUGGACCACAUUUUGAGACCCACCCUCACAGAUCAGGGCUUUAUAACGGAAGUUCACCACAUUGAUGGAGAUGGUGACAAUGCUGGCGUGGUUUACUGCGAAAUGCAGGGAAGAGAGAAUUCAGCAGACAGCAGAUGCCAGUUGAGAUUGCAACGUGCCAUGUAUCCCAACAGUGGCUACUCCUCAGAGACUGGUGGUAUCAUGAAGAAUCUGCGAGAAUCUACAACUAACAUUAAAGUGAGAGAUUUUCACAAGAAAUUUUAUAGGCCAGAAAAUCUAACGAUCAUCUUGACUGGGCAAAUUAAAGCGGAUGAUGUGUUCAAAGCAUUAGCCACUGUGGAAGAUGACAUCAUUGCAAAGAGGCAGUUAGAGACCCAAGAAGAAUGGGUGAAGCCAUGGCAGACCAUCCCACCUCCUCCCAACUAUGGAGAUUUGAGGGAACAGUGGCCAGCUGAUACAGAAGACUGUGGACAAGUUCUGUUCGGUUGGCGCGGACCGCUGCUCACGGAAGCGAAUUCGAUAAAGGAACUAACGGGUUGUGCAGUGUUGCUGAGGUAUCUGUGUGAUACUGCUGCGGCACCCCUGCAGCGCUGCCUGGUGGAGCGGGAAGAUGCUUUAGCGGGUGAUGUCUCAUACAACGUAACCGAGAACAUUGCGUCCCUACUCAAAAUAGAACUAGACAAUGUACCGAUCGACAAGCUCGAAGCUGCGCGGGCGCAAGCACAAACAUGCUUAAAGAGCCUCCGUAAUGGUGAAGAAGUUAUUGAUAUGGAGCGAAUGAAAGUGUUGUUAAGAAAGCAGUUGAGAGAGAGUAUAGCGAGCUUGGAGUCAGACCCGCAUCAUGCUGUCGCGUUCCGGUGUAUUGGUGACGCGUUGUACUCACAGAGUGAAGAAGAUUUCCGACUAAGAAUGAACCCCCAAGAAUCAAUGUAUGAACUGCUAGAGGAAAAUUCCGAGUUUUGGUUGGGCUUACUGCAGAAGUAUUUCACAGAUGAUGUGAUUACUAUUGUUGGGUCGCCAAGUAUUGAACUGCAAGCUAUAAUGGCAGAAGAAGAAAAGAAUCGCCUGGAAGAACAAAGAGCGCAGCUAGGAGAAACGGGUUUGGCACAAAAAGCCAAGGAGCUGGAACAAGCUAUGGAAUUCAAUGAGCGUCCUCCCCCUCCAGGCACGUUAGCAUCAGUCCCUGUGCCAUCAUGUGACAACCUGAAGUGUCACAACAUCACCACUUGGAGUUCAGACUCGGAGCCCUGCCCAUACUUUGAUUUGAAGGAGGUGCCACUCUACACUAGAGUGCAUACCUUGAAGACUAACUUUGUUUAUAUCAACAUAGUCCUAGACACGACGUCCAUAGACCAGCGCACACGCAAGUGGCUCCCCCUACAUCUAAACGCCCUAGCCGAGUGCCCAGUAAGACGCGGGGAUAAACUGAUACCACACGAAGAAGUUAUCGCUACCACAGAACAAUUGACGGUCACUUUUAGCAAUGAUAUUGGCUUUGGGAAGUCGGGGAACUUCACUGUGGGACAGUAUGGCAACUUUGUGCAUAUUGAGACGAAGUGUGAACCUGCAGACUAUGUACAAGUAGUGAAUCAUUUGUACGAAGUAUUGUAUGCUGCUGAGUUGACGAAGGAACGCUUGCUUGUGUUUGCACAAAGAAUGAUAAAUGAUGUGGCUCAGGUCCGUCGCAACGGACACAAAAUGGUAUACGACAUUCUACGCGAUUCCCUAUACAGCAAGGAUAGUAACGUACAUUGGUCGUCAGUAUUACGUCAACAGAAGUUCCUCAAAGAGCUCAUAGAGACACUAAACGCUGGUGGAGACUCAGCUGAGAACGCAUUGAGUGAAGCUAGAGAAACACUUAACAAUAUAACGGCUAAACCGUGGUUGCAUCUGGCGAGUGACUUGGAAAGAUACACGCUUAGCACGGAGCCGUGGAAGCAGUUUGCAAGGCCGAACGAAAUUGUACCUGUUGAGCCGAAGCUAUACAGCGAUUCAGACCUAAUGUCAGGUUGGGGCGGCGGGUUCGUUGUGGGCGUGGGCGGGCUGGAGUCGUCCUUCCUCGCGCAGCUCAGCGCUGGGCCCAGCGGCUAUCAGCUGCUGGAGACCGCACCGCUUGCUGUCGCUCUUAACUACUUUACGCAGCUAGAGGGUCCGAUGUGGCGUGAGAUCCGCGGCGGAGGUCUGUCGUACGGGUACGGGGUACGCACUGCACCCGCUGAGGCCGCGCUCGUGCUGUCGCUCUACCGCGCCACUAACGCACCCGCUGCCUAUACUAAGGCGAAGACUAUCUUGGAGGACUACCUCGCCAAAGGCAAAUUCGACGAGGAACUAUUUGCCUCAGCGAAGAGUACAGCUUUGUUUGAAGUUGUAGAAAACGAGAAGUGUCCUGCGGACGUGGUGCGGCAGUCGCUCACUAAUUAUGUGAAACGAGUUGGGUCUUGCUAUAAUAGGGAGCUAAUAUGUGCCAUAGCAGCGGUCACACAGGCAGAAGCGCACGCAGCGGCCGCGCGCUGGCUGCCCGCACUCUUCGACACCAAGCGCAGUAAGCUGGCCAUCGUCUGCCAUCCCAGCAAGGCCAACGAUCUGCAGAAUAGCUUUGCUAAAAUAAACAUUAACUUAGAAGCGUUCGAGUCAAUGGAAGCAUCUCACUUUAAUAAAUAAGAAGUACACAUUUAGAAUUUUAAGCAUUUUGUAUUUUAUAUUAAUUACUUUUAUAUGUUGCCUGUUAACACCGAAAGUCAUUUAUUGCUUGGCUGUGCCUUAAAUAAUAUUAUUGCAUGACCUCAAUUUUGUCCGAUAUUAAAUUUAUAUCUUUGUUAAUAAAGUGAUUUACAAGGAC